AUGGCAUUGUCUGGAAGCGAGAGAAAGACACUAGAACAAGAACUUAGCAAGACUAAAGCAACCACAGCAAACAUUGUUGAAGCUAUUUCAAGCUUGAAUKCCUCGCUAGUAACAUUUAAAGAACGAAGCUACCAGACUAUGAGUAGAAUUCGUACGGCAGCAGACUUGAUUGUCAACGAGAUACGCUCACACGAAGAGAAGUUGGUCGCACGAGUACAAGAGAUCAUCAACACGAAGGAAGAAUGUGUUGAGCGCCAGAAGAAGUCGCUUCAGGAUUAUGUGACAGAGUUACAACAGACUAUUGAUUACACGAGCGAUGUUYUAAACAGUACAAAUGAGCCGGAAAUGGAUCUAGAAGAGUGGAAAAGUGCUCUAACGUGCCAGUUAGAUCAAGUUAAUGGUAUGAAAGAUGGUUAUGAAUAUGAAUUAGACAUGAGCGACGAAGGCAAGUUUUUAUUUGUAUAUGCAAAUCAGGAUCUCCUUAAGUCAAUGGCUAAUUAUGGAACUAUAAUAAAUAAUAUUCCUGAGRGUUUUAUAUUUGAAAACAACGAUGACAACGGCAGCUAUGCUAUUAUGGAGCAGAAAGCAAUUAAGAUUAUUCCUGUAGUAACGUUAAAUGGGGAAAUUGUGGAUUUAGAUGCUAAUAGCGAGCUGGAAAGUGACGAGGAAUCAUCUGAUGAUGAAAGUGAUGAUUCUAGUUACAGUAAUGAUGACAGUAGUAAUAAUGACGACGACGAUGAUGAUGAUGACUCAGAGGGAUAUGACGGUACUCAUGAUAAUGAUACUAGAGGCACUAUUAUGAAUAGGUCGUCAGUUCCUCGUAAACCUAAACUAAGUACUUUAAUAUAG